AUGAUGAACAGUUUGGUUAGAAGCCUGGCAAGACCAGGCAUAGCCGCCACAAUCAGCCGCCGGUUCCAGUCCACAGUGCCGGACCUCACGCCGUUGAAGUACGAACAGGACCUAUACGCCUCGCUCAGAGUCCACAACAGACCGUAUCUCGUGACCAAGGGAGACGAGAUGAUUCUGCCGUUCCGGCUCAAACACGCCCAGGUGGGCGAUGUGCUCAACUUCAACGACGUCACCACUAUCGGUUCCAGAAACUACACCUUCCACCUCAAAGAGGCCAUCGACCCAAGCAUCUUCACCAUCAAGGCCGUGGUGGUGGAAAAAACAAAGAAACCCAUGUACGUCAAGGAGAUCACAAAACGGAGAGACAGACACGUCAGACAUGUCCCGGUGAAGCACGACUACACCGUGCUGCGUGUGUCCGAGCUCAAACUGAACAUAUAA